AAAUAGUGUGCUAGUGAUACUCUGUGCUUUCUGGAGUGUAUAUAAUUAUAAAACAUUUUUAUCUGUUCUAAAUUAUUAAUUAAAUCGAUUGCUACAAUUUCGAAAAAUGUCAGACUCAUUUAGCAGCUCUUUUUCCGAUAAUGAGAAUAUUAAAGGAAUUGAUCCCGAAUUAGCUGAGCUUCUGAUGGUCGAAAAGCAAAAAGCGCAAUUUAACGCACAAAUCCAUGAAUUCAAUGACUUUUGCUGGGAUAAAUGUGUCGAUAAACCAGGAAGUAAAUUGGAUGGCCGUACAGAAACCUGUAUACAUAAUUGUGUAGAUAGAUUUAUAGAUGUUUCUCUCUUUGUCACUAAUCGUUUUGCACAAUUAUUACAAAACUCUGUAGCAAAAUGAG